UAAUGGGCCCGGUUAGUAACUUAGGUUACUUCAGCUUCAGGCCAGUGGACAGCCUUAGUUUGUUUUUAUUAUAGAUUUUUCAACUCCAUGCGUGCUUGAUUGUGCUUGAAAUAAAUACGUGCCCGAGUCAUAAUCGACUCUUCUAUUCCGGCGUCCAGGUGUAUCAAUAGCUGGUCUUAUGUCCCUUGUCGUCAAGGAUGAGUUGAGUUCGAAGUAUCGAGCCUUUAGUGCAACAAGUUAUUAUUGGUUUUAUUGAUGUGGAUAAUAUGUCAAAGUCAAACAUAAGGAAAAUAGCGGUUGACCCAACAAAAUGUAACAUUGAUUCGCGGCGUCCAAGUGUUUUUGAGAGGUUGGGAACUAAGCCGGCUGUAAACAUAGCCGCAUCAACUCAAAACCCAGCUGAUUAUUGUAGGAAUUGGGCAGUUACUGGUAGCUGUUCUUAUGGCAAAAGCUGCAAAUUUGCCAACACUCAUAUACUAAUCAGCCCUUCGAAGCGAGUAAAAAAGGAUAAUGCCUCAGCAAAUCCAUCAUUGCUUAUUGAGGAUCAGUUUAAACGCCUUACUUCCAAAAUUGUAAAAGCCACUCACAGUCCGGACUUAAAUUUAGAAGAUUGGAAUCAAACAGAUCUGGAGUACGAAGACGAAAAAGUUUUAGAACGGCGCAGACAGUUACUUCAAAGAGAAUUGGAGCUGCAAAUGAAAAAAGAUAAAGAAGUACAUGGGAAAGAUAAAUUAAAAUAUAAGAAAAAAGACAUGAGUAGCUCCUCCAGUUCACGCAGUUCAAGUUCUUCGAGUAGUAGUACUUCUUCUAGUAGCGAUGAUUCAUCAUCUAGCUCUACUUCAGACUCAAAUAAAAAAGUAAAAAGGUUCAAGAAAACUAAACACAGCACCUCACCUGACUUUGAUGAUGAUAGAGACAGGAAAAAGAAAGCUAAGACACCGUUGCCAAUCGCCUCUCAGCUGGCCCCAUUGAAGACGAAAGAACGUCUGCGCAGCGAUUCACCGAUUAAAUCUAAACCCAGGGAUUCGGAAAAGGACGUCAGGGCACCUCACAAAAAAAUACGCCUUGACGAUGAUCUGAGUAAAGAUUUGUUACCCAAAAAGUCGCUCGAUCAUCGAUUGGACGGCGGAAGGAAGGAGACAGUCCUCGACCGAGGUGUCAAAGAUAGCAAAGGUCGUGACGAUCGAUCUAAGGCGCGAUCGCGCGAUCGAACCACCGAUCGACGUUCUCGCACACCCGCCAAAUAUGCGUCCAGCUCCGCCUCCAAGACGAAGCGCAGCCCCGAGCGAAUGCGACCUCGAGGCCAGGACACGCGCCACCAGGAUCGAGUAACCGCUGGGCGGUCCAGAGAUCGUGAUCGAGACCGUGAGCGGGAACGGGAUAGAGACAAAGCACCGAGGGAGCCGGAUUCCAGAAGAGCUCCGAUCGAUAAAUUGGAGUUGGCUGGACGAGGUCGAAGCAGAGACAGGCGUGCUCUUGACAAAGAGCAUCGGGAUUCAGGUCAUUCACGUUUACCAAGUAAACGCGAUGACGAUCGACGGCCCAUUAGUGUUAAAGCUCGAUCGGAGAGGGAACGAGAGCGCGACAGAGAUCGCGAGCGCGACAAGGAUCGUCUUCUGCCGAGCGACAAAGCUCCACGACACAAGGACAGAUUGAAAGACCAGACGCUCGGAAGUCUUGACAAAAGUCGAGCUAAGAGUCGACCGGUGACGAGUGACAAGUACGACCGCGACCGGGGAGACAGGGAACGUGACCGACGCCGCUACAAGGAUCCUGAGCGCCGGGAUGCCGUCGUGGCCAGCCCACGUAAUUAUCCCGUGCGCAAUACCGAUACGUGGGACGAGCAGGAGGAGCCGCCACACGAGUACGAAGCUCGAAAACUUUUGCCAGCGAGCCGCGGCCGUCGCGAUGAUCCGGUCAAGGAGAGUUGGGACGCGCCUCCUCAGGUCCCGCACGAAGCUUACCCGCCCAGCGAGUGGGACGAGCGCGACUGGCGAAGUCGACAGGCUAUGUGGGAUCGCGAGAGCUUGCCCCCAGCUGGUGGAGCAGCCCCUGACGAUGCCUGGUCUGGUCAACCUCGUUACGAUGCUUCGCUCCCAUUGUUGCCUGAGCGUAAGUGGGACAGCCAAGGGCCACAUAUGCCUCGACCGCCUUAUCGUAACGAUCGCAUCGCUAAAGAGUUGGAGAUCAUUUCGGAUCAUGGAAAACGAAGACCAUACAGCACUCCAGAGCGUCGCGAGGAAUUACCUAGUCACGCCGCUAAGCAGGCUUUGCAUAACAGUAUGAAGGACGAACCAAUCAAUAAGAAACUUAUGGAACUUGCCGAGGGUCGACCUCGUGCCAGUCGCGAAAAAUCCGGUGAACGCAGAAGUCUGCUGCCAGUACCGAAAACCGACAAAGCCGAGCCUUCGCCGAAGGAGACACCACCACCGCCUCCGGAACCGAAGCGCAUCGAAGAACCGCUACCGGUUGUUGUCAAUCAUGCGGAAAGUGAUCUCAGUGACAUCAGCGAUGAUCCCGAUGAUAUACUCAAUAUGGAAGAGGAAAUCAGUGUUGCAGAAAAUAAAAAUCUGCCGAGAAAACUAGCGGAUACGGAUCGCGACUCGGCCUCGGUCAAGAGCCAAGAUCUGGCGCACGCUUCGCCAAAAGCUCUCGAGGAUACUGUAUUCAAAGACAAGGAUUCCGAUGCCUUCAGUCAUAAAAACAUUGAGGAGGAGAGCAUGGAGACUAUGGACUUUGAAGAAAUAUCCGACGGUGAAUUGGAGGAAGAUGUCAAAACCAGCUGUAAGGGCUUGGGCGAUGCUCUUGGAGUUGACUGGGAAAGUCUGGUUAAAGAGUCUCAACCAAGACGAUCAACCAAUACUAGUCUUGAAUCUGUACACAAUCGAUGGCAAUGCAAAGCUGUGUUCCAACGCAUCGGUAUUUCCGUUAAAGCCGCGGGCACCGAUUAUGUUGAAAAACUACUUAAAAAAUAUUCCAAUGAUGAAUCUGAUCCAUUGCUGUUGAAUGAUGUAGCAUUGAUACACACUGCAUUGAAAAGGGAGCAAAUUUCUCAAAACACUAAUUUAAAAACGGUACUUACCGAUGACAUACUGUACAGACUGAAAGAUAAACUAGACGAAGAAGAUGUAGAAAAUCUCAAGCCUUGUUCAAAUAUGUACGAAGAAGUAAAAACUCUUCUUGCACAAUCAGCAUAAUAAUCGUAAUUUCUUUGUUAGAAGUUAAUGAAUUUAGUAAAAUAAAUAUAGAUAACAUUGUAAAUGGUAAUCAUUUAUUGGUGAAUGAAUGUGUAAAAGGUAUUUUGUGACAAUAAAAUAUUAAUUAAAGUUGAUCAUUUA